AUGUUAUACUAUACAACAUGUGGCUUAGGCAAACAUAUCAAGUCAUCCUCUGAAUUUCAGAAAAAAAAGUUCCAGCUCAACCAAGAUAAAAUGAACUUUGCCACACUGAGGAAUAUCCAGGGUCUAUAUGCUCCACUGAAAUUACAAAUGGAAUUCAAAGCAGUGCAGCAGGUUCAGCGUCUUCCAUUUCUUCAAAGUUCCAACCUUUCACUGGAUAUUUUGAAGGGUAAUGAUGAGACUAUUGGAUUUGAAGAUAUUCUUAAUGAUCCAUCACAAAGUGAGCUAAUGGGUGAGCCCCACUUGAUGGUGGAAUAUAAACUCGGUUUACUGUAAUGCACUGUGCUGUUCACAGCUGAGGGGCUAUGUUUUGUUAGAGUUGUCUAUUGUAAUUUGAUGUAUACAACAUUAAAAGUACUCAUACAUGA